AUGUUUUUUGUGUUGGUAAUUUUCUCGAUGUUCUCGUCGCAAGUGAUUUGCUGUGGAAAAAUCAGCAAACCUACGGCGAAGAAAGCUCCAUCAAAAAGUCCCAGUGCAAUUUCGCCACCAAAAGAAGAAGAGGAAAAGAAAGAAGAAGAAAAAGAGGAAGAAGAGGAAGAAGCAGAAGAGAAAAAUGAUAAACCAAAAGAGAAAAAAAAGAAGAAAGAAGAGAAGAAGGAAAAAACGAAAGAGAAAAAGAAAGAAGAAAAAGUGGAUUUGAAGAAAAAGGCUGUGCAUAUUCGAAUCGAAGAAGGUGCAGUUUUGGAGUUCAAAGCAGCCGGAAAUGAAAAGAAAAAUGUUGUAGUGAAAAAUGUACACAAUAAAUCGGUUAUGUUCAAAGUUCGAUCAUCUAAUAAUAAAGAUUAUAAGUGAGUUCAAUAGAAUUUAGUUGAACAUCAUUUGUAUAAAAAUAAUAACAUAUUUCAGGGUGUUUCCAGUAUACGGGACUAUUGAUCCAGGUGCAACACUUGUUUUUUCUGUCACUCACAAACAAUCUGCUCCUAAAAAAGAUGAUAAACUUAUUUUUAUGAAUACGAUUUCAAGUGGCGAUGAAACUGAUUUGUUUAAAUCUUUCAAAGAAUCGGAAAUGACUGGAAAAUCGGUUACUGUAAAAGUAUCAGCUAAAUAA